ACGUGGUAAAUGUGGUUCCUCAGCAGAUGGGAAUGGUGGUGGAGGAGGUCGGCCCCUGUUUCCACAGUGGUCUCACCACGUGUACCCACAGUUCCUCCCGGGAUCUCACCCUAACGCCAAUGCGAAUGCCAAUGCCAAUGCCAACCACCACAUGAACCAGCACCACCACCAGCACCCGCUACCGGCUGCCAGGCACUCUAAUCGCCAGCCCCCCUCCAACUAUUAUCUCCCGAAUCACCACAGUAAUCAUUACAACCAUCAUCCGAGUAACCAUAACUAUCAUCGUCAUCAUCAUUACCAUCACCACAAUAACAACAAUCACCAUCAUACGCUUCAAAAGCAUAUCGAUCAGCCCCGAAAUCUCUGUCAUAGAAACUCCGGUGUUGGUCUGCAAGGAAGCGGAGGUAUAAUGAGCCAAGCUGGUUCUCAAGACGACGGCGAGUACGAGGUGAUAAUUGUCGACGAGAACAAUUCGUCGAUCCUGGCGGAUCACGACGUCACGUCGUCAGGGCCUCCGUCGACCAAGGGAGGUCACAGUGGUGUACCUCGGCCACGGACAAUUCUCGAGGAUUACACCUCGUCAGAACCAACGCUUGGCUCUUCGACAAGACCGACUGAACCACUGCCACGAAAUGUCCAGAGCAACGACUCGAGCGAAGAGACGGUGCAUCGCAGCAACAUCACCGCGGAUGCCAGCCCUUCCGAGGUUGCCACGGACAACGAGAACAAACUCAACUCCUCCGAGGAAGCUUGGACCGACGUGAACCUGAACGAGGACGGUGACACGAUCCCAAUGACAAAUCAGAGGGAGGAUCCGCGAAAUAUUCACAAUAUAGCGCACUCUCGCGGCGAGAUUCAAGAUAGCGAGGGGAACGUUCUGGAGCAGGGGAUGAUGGGCAACGCGGAACGCGGUGAGAAACCGUCCGGGGAGAUCUCGGUGGUUCGCGUGUCCGAUCGGCUGGUGAUGACUUCCGCAUCGCCGCGGCCGGACGAGUUACCGAUCAAGGGGCUGGUCGAUCAUCUUCCAGUUCCGACGCCCUCCCGCGAGGCGUCGCUCACGCAAAAACUCGAAAUGGCACUGGGUUCCGUUUGCCCGCUUCUGCGGGAAAUCAUGGUGGACUUCGCGCCGUUCCUCUCGAAAACCCUCGUCGGCUCCCACGGGCAAGAAUUGCUGAUGGAAGGCAAAGGUAGGACUCGUCUGACCACGUUCAAAAACAGCAAUUCCGUGGUGGAGCUGGUGAUGUUACUUUGUUCGCAAGAGUGGCAGAACUCGUUGCAGAAACACGCGGGCCUGGCUUUCAUCGAGCUCAUUAACGAGGGAAGGUUGCUGUCUCACGCAAUGAAGGAUCAUAUUGUGCGAGUGGCGAACGAGGCUGAGUUUAUCCUGAAUCGUAUGAGAGCGGACGACGUGCUGAAGCAUGCCGACUUCGAGUCGCAGUGCGCGCAAACGUUGCUGGACCGACGGGAGGAGGAACGAAUGUGCGACCAUUUGAUCACGGCCGCGCGCAGACGGGACAAUGUCAUUGCCAGCAGAUUGUUGGAGAAGGUCCGUAACAUCCUGUCGAAUAAACACGGCGCUUGGGGAUACAUGGAUCCAAUGGCUGCAAAGUUGGCCGAAUACUGGAAGCUAGAUGCUUGGGAGGAUGAUGCACGUAGACGCAAGCGUUUCGUGCACAAUCCACUAGGCUCGAGCCAUCCCGAAGCUACACUGAAGGCGGCCCUCGAGCACGGUGCACCCGAGGAUGCGAUUCUGCAAGCGCGUGAAGAGUUUCACGCGCAUCUCGCAGCCUCGCGUGCACAUCAGCAGCAAUUGCAGUCGGCGGAUCUGAUGGACGACAGCGAGCUGUUGUCGGACGACAGAGACCUCGACAACGAUCUUACAGGCCCGGUGAACAUCAGCACGAAAGGGAAAUUGAUCGCGCCCGGUAUCGUGGCUCCCGGUAUUAUCUCCGUCACGUCUACGGAACUGUACUUCGAGGUGGACGAGGACGACCCGGAGUUCAAGAAGAUCGACAGCGAGGUGCUCAAGUACUGCGACCAUCUGCACGGGAAAUGGUACUUCUCAGAGGUGCGCGCGAUAUUCUCGCGCCGAUAUCUGCUUCAGAACGUCGCCAUCGAGAUCUUCCUGGCCAGUCGAACCUCGAUCCUGUUCGCGUUCCCGGACCAGGCGACGGUGAAAAAGGUGAUCAAGGCGCUACCGCGAGUCGGCGUGGGCAUCAAAUACGGGAUACCGCAGACUAGGAGAGCAUCAAUGAUGUCGCCUCGACAGCUAAUGAGGAGCUCCAAUAUGACACAAAAGUGGCAGCGAAGAGAAAUAUCCAACUUCGAGUACCUCAUGUUCUUGAAUACCAUCGCUGGUCGAACUUACAACGACUUGAACCAGUACCCCGUGUUCCCUUGGGUGUUGACUAAUUACGAGACGAAAGAGCUCGAUCUCAGUCUGCCCAGCAAUUAUCGUGAUUUAUCAAAGCCAAUCGGAGCGUUAAAUCCAAGUAGAAGGGCUUAUUUCGAGGAACGCUUUCAAAGUUGGGAGCAUGACAGUAUACCGCCGUUCCAUUACGGCACGCACUAUUCCACAGCUGCUUUUGUUUUGAACUGGAUGAUACGCGUGGAGCCGAUGACAACGAUGUUUUUGGCGCUACAGGGUGGCAAAUUCGAUCAUCCGAAUCGGUUAUUCUCCUCGAUCGCUCUAUCUUGGAAGAAUUGCCAACGUGACACUUCGGACGUUAAGGAACUGAUUCCGGAGUUCUUCUUCCUACCGGAAAUGCUAGUGAACAGCAAUCGGUAUCGGUUGGGCAGGCAAGAGGAUGGCAGCGUGGUUGGCGACGUUGAAUUACCACCGUGGGCGUCGUCUCCGGAAGAAUUUAUACGAAUCAAUCGAAUGGCUCUCGAGUCCGAGUUCGUGUCCUGUCAAUUACACCAGUGGAUUGAUUUAAUAUUCGGCUACAAGCAAAAAGGUCCGGAAGCUGUUCGAGCAACGAACGUUUUCUACUAUCUGACAUACGAGGGUAGCGUGGACCUGGAUACGAUAACCGAUUCGGUCAUGAGAGAGGCCAUAGAAAAUCAAAUACGAAACUUUGGUCAAACACCGUCGCAACUUUUAAUGGAGCCGCAUCCCCCGAGAAGUUCGGCGAUGCAUUUGAGUACCGCAAAGUUUGACAAGACGUUGCCACCCGUGUUGCAGUCGCCGAUGAUGUUCUCGAGUAUCCCGGACGACGUGUGCAUGACCAUCAAAUUCCCGUCGAACUCGCCGAUCUGUCAUAUCUCGGCGAACACGUAUCCUCAGUUACCCUUACCAUCCGUUGUCACAGUCACUACUGGACAGCAAUUCGCUGUCAACAGAUGGAACACUAAUUACGCGGCAUCUGUCCAGUCGCCAAGUUACGCAGAUACUCCGCAGGCGCAAGCCGCUAAUCAGCCAUUGUCGAUGGAUCCUGUCCUAUCUCAAGCGGCGAACAGCUCGAAUCCAACGUUACGACGUCACUUGGGCGACAAUUUCAGCCAGAAGCUAAAGAUAAGGAGCAACUGCUUCGUCACUACGGUGGAUAGUAGAUUUUUGGUCGCUUGCGGUUUCUGGGACAAUAGCUUCCGUGUAUUUUCCACCGAAACUGCGAAAAUCGUGCAAAUCGUGUUCGGUCACUACGGAGUCGUCACGUGUCUGUCACGCAGCGAAUGCAAUAUCACGUCUGAUUGCUACAUAGCGUCUGGAAGUGCUGACUGCACGGUGCUGUUGUGGCACUGGAACGCCAGAACACAGACGAUCGUUGGUGAGGGUGAAGCACCAGCACCAAGGGCAACCCUUACGGGACACGAGCAGCCAGUCACUGCUGUUGUUAUCUCAGCUGAACUGGGCUUGGUUGUUUCUGGCUCUUACUACGGGCCAGUUCUUGUACACACGACUUUCGGUGAUCUUCUGAGAUCGUUGGAGGCGCCAAGUGGCUUUUCCUCGCCUGAAAAUAUCGCAAUGUCGCGAGAGGGUGUUAUCGUCGUGAAUUACGAACGCGGCCAUAUAGCAGCGUUCACUAUAAACGGGAAACGGCUUCGCCACGAGUCUCACAACGAUAAUCUUCAGUGUCUACUUCUUAGCAGAGAUGGCGAGUACUUAAUGACAGGUGGUGAUAAACGAAUCGUAGAAGUUUGGAGGACGUUUAAUCUAGCUCUUCUCUAUGCAUUCCCGGCCUGUGAAAGCAGCGUGCGUUCCUUGGCACUCUCACACGACCAAAAGUUUCUUCUAGCUGGCCUGGCCAAUGGGUCGAUCGUGAUCUUCCAUAUUGACUUCAAUAGAUGGCACCAUGAGUUCCAGCAACGCUACUGAGACUGUUUCGCGUACGUCUAGCAAAGUGGAAAGAGACACGAACGUAGUUCAUCUGUCGUUCGUCUUCCUUGCAUAACAUCGACAGAUUCCUCUCAUUGUCAGUCACGUACGGAUCUCAACGGUAACGUCUACUUAAACACCAGUCUCGCGACAUCCGGCCGUGUGUAUAAUUCCAUUCGAACGGAUUCACGACUCGGUCGUGACGUGUCGAGUUCGAGGAAAAGUAAGGGAAACGUAUCGUGCAAUAACGCGGGGAUCAGACGGAGCGUUCACCGAUUUGCGUUUCGAUCGUUUUGAGCAAAGGGAGCGGAAGGGAUGAACGGGGUCUGAUCCUCACGAGUGUUUACAGAUAGGAGCAACGAGCAACGACGCUUUCGUAAUCGUUUACAAUCAAGUAGUAGUGGGCGCAGAGAAAACAGUAGUCGCCGAGCAGCAGAUAUACUCACGAUAUAUUCAGCGUUUUAGCAAUAAAGAAAAAUUGAAACGGAAGGGAAAUACUCGCUUUCUCGCGACUCUAUGGGAGAAUAUUCGAAUAUGCUUGCGCGCGAAUCGAUGACCAUGCACAAGCGCGCGAAGCUAGGGGUGGAAAUUUCGAGCACGGGAGAACUGGCCGGGCUCGAGCGCGCGUUAUUCGUAUCGAUACUUGCCUCGAGCUUUCUAGCCAUGCAAAAACCUUGAGAGAGAGAGAGAGAGAGAGAGAGAGAGAGAGAGAGAGAGAGAGAGAGAGGGAGAGAGGAAGAAACACGAGAGCAAAUACGUGUAAUUUACACACGUUCUCUCUCUCUCUCUCUCUCUCUCUCUCUUUCGCGGAGACCGCUAGUCAAUUACGAACACAUUCUUCAAUCUAUCUGUACGCUUGCGAAAACUCUCGAAGGCCGGAUUCUCUCGACUCACCCACCCACCCACCUCCCUUCCCCCGUACGAGGGUGCGUGGCGCAAUCAUGCAAUCGUGAUCAGAUCCUCGGACAAGUAGACUCGCGGCAAGGGAAUCGCGAGUAAUCUCUGUGUGACAAACGCCGUGACCGCGUUAGAAAUUCCCCUGUUGGAAAUUAACACACGUGUGACUAUCGUCUCCGGUGACCAUACUGUCUAGUGCUAGAGUAACGUCCCGUGUAAAUACGAUUAUCUCUACAGCGUAUAAAUAUACAUAAAAAAAAUAUAUAUAUAUAUAUAUAUAUAUUAUAUAUUCUAUACAUACACGCAUAAUUCCGUGUUAAGGUGUCGACGAGCGAAUGAGCAACAUGAGAUGAGGGAGAGAAUUGUAUUUCUGCGCCAAUCACGUAAUUGCUGCUCGCGAUAACGAGACACUCUUUGGCUAAGCACUUAGUGAGUUCAGUUUUACGAGACGUAGGGAACGUAAACUCAGACACGUACACUCAGACAGAUUUUUUUUUUCCACGAAAGUACAUUAUAUUAAAGUAUGCCGACACCUAGAGACAAGGAGACACAAGGUUUGCACAAGGAGGCAAUCGAUGCUUUUUUUUCGCAGGGCCACGUCUACACUGGAUUGCCCCGAUCUCACGAAACACACAUACACACACACACACACACACAUAUAUAUAUUGCAACACCAUUCACCAUGAUCAUCACCCAUCACCCCGCAACACUUCCUACUCCCUGACAUUCACGUCCUUCGAAAGAGAUCCUAAUUUUUGAUCAAAGCCGUCCAGCUUAACUUUUUGCGAGGAUAUUUCUUGGUAUUUUCGCACGCGAUGUAUAAUUAAUCAGCAGAGGCGAAGAAUUAUUAAUAGGCUUUAAAAGCGAGCGAGUCUGAAUCACGUGGAUUUACCCCGAAUUGGUUUCGUGUGUGAGCGUGUCGCCCGUGUGACAUUCAUUCGAAUGGGACAGGAGAUAAGGAUCGUGUUAGUCGAUCGCGAACAACCGUGGAAAAGGGAGAUGUAUCGAGAAAUACGAUAACAUCGCGAAUGAUCCAUGCGACUCUCGUCUACUCGUCGUUUCGCUGUAUUUCACGAAUGCUAGUAGCCCUUUCUUCCGUAUAGACGCAACACCGGUGUUCGUCGUUGAAUGAAAGGAAAAACGCGUGUGCCGCACAGCUUUCAUUGUUGCAAUCGAUACUCGAUACCGACUGUCGGCAACUGUCGUUCGCUUACCUUACCGACGUAACGCGCCAAAGCGAGUCGCUACAAUCUGGCGAAUCGGUGAGACCGGUACUUUUUUUACACGCACGUCCGUUUAGCCAUCUCGGUAGAUCUCAAUCUCAGUGUUUUGCUUCAGUAACGAUGCAGGUGACGUGAUAUUCGAGUUGGGUUGGUUUUCGAAGGUUGACGAAGAAACGGAGGGGACAAAGUGUGCGAAAAGGGCGCGAGAAGAGUGAGAAGCGUGAAAGGAGCGCGGCGUAAAUGAGAGUGUAAUUCAGAGCGAAUGAAUUUUUGCGGCCGCGUCGGUAAUCGCCGCAGCGCGACAUCUCGCGGAUCGGGACUUAAUUUCGCGGUACGAUUCUGUACGAUUCACAUUACAGUGGAAAGUACUUAACUUUAAAAAAAAAAAAAAAAAAAAAAACAAGGAUAAAUCAAUCGCGCUUAACGAAGAAUGAUCGAAACGUGUUCGAAUUGCGAAAUAGAAAUGGAAGUUUCUCCGGGUCGGAACGGAAAACGUAAAUCGUCUCAGGACUAGUAUCUAGUCACAGAACUCGCGGCGAGAAGCGUGACGGAUUACCGGCGGAUCUCGAAUUCCUUAGAUGUCGAUAAAUUUAAAAUUUCAGAAACAAAAAAGAAAAGAAAAAAAAAAAAAAAAUCAUGUUACAGUACACGUCUACGUGGUAGAUCUAAAGUAAGUGCAUGGUGCCGUCGUUUCUAGCGAUCAAUCACUCUCUUGAGCUUGCGAGACAAACAGACAAACGAGACAAAAAAAAAAAAAAAAAAAGGAAAAAAAAAGAAAGAUGUCACGAUGUAAUAAACGUUUUAAUGUUGGUUCUUGUAUUGUGCACGCCGGCCCAUAGCUGGCUUCGUUAAUCGUACAAUUUAUACACGCAUAGAAUAAUGUUACGUGUGCAAAAACAACGUGUUAAAAAACAAUGGUAUUAUCGCUGCUACUCGUUGUGGGCGUGCUUAUUGCAUGAUUGUUCGUGUCGUUCUGCUCGUGUGAAGAAACAGAGAGAAAGAGAGUGAGUGAGAGUGCGUACAAAACAGUGGGAUGAUAAGAGCAAAAAGGGGAUGCUGGGGGAUCGAGAGAAAGAGGAAGAGUCAAUGUGCACGUGUUUGCUGUGUGCGUGUUCGUGUGUGAAAACGAGGAUCGUGCCUGGUGCUUUGGAUAAUGUUCAUUUCUCGCACGCGCGCGCGGUGACGGCUCAUCGCGCGCGUAACCGUUCACACAUUGUACUUAAUUGUACAGUCCGCGUAUUAUCGACACCUUAUUUUCACUACGAUGGAAUUAGCAAAAAGGGGACAAAGUGGAAAGUUGCGAGAGAAACGAAACGGUGAAAUACAACAGGCAAGGAGAUCAAGUGUAGCAUACGCGACAUUCGAACUGCAUCCUCUGCUUUUCGUAUAGGUGGUGUUUCAAAGCUUUGAAGCUCGAGAGAAAAUCGCGAGGUCGGGAGAGAUUUUCUCGAGCUUUCGAAAGUUUGAAAAACUCAUGGAAAUGAAUAACCGACGAGCAGAGUGAUCGGUGAAAAUGUACCGCAAUGUGAACGAAAACGAGAAAAUGAGAAAAAGAAACAAAAAGCGGUGUGAAAAAACCAAAAAAAAAAAAAAGAAAAAAGAAAAGAGAACAAAAAGAUUUUAAACAGAGGAGUUUUUAUAUUUGUUUAUAGGUGUGUGAGAAUGCUGCACUUUUUGAGCAAGUUGUUAGUAAAUUCCCUCCAUAUUGCUAUAUAUAUAUAUAUAAUAUAUAUAUGAAAAAUAUAUAUAAAGGAAGUUAACAAAAGAAAAAAAAAGAAAUCAAUUUUCUGUCCGUACUCGAACUUCGGUACACGUAAGGAUAACGCUACUAUUUUAAAUAACGCUAAGUACAACGCUACGACAAAGGUUUGCCUAUAUAAUUAUUAUUACAACUACAUUUUAUUCUCAUUAUUAAUUCGUAUGGUUAUUAUUAAUUAUCACUCUGAUCACAAGGUAUAAUUGAUUAAUGUUCUCGACAUCACACAGCGUUUGCGAGUGCAUUUCGACACGAGUACUUAUUAAGAAGUAUUAUAUAAUAAUCGAGUCGCUGAACGCGAACGACACAUAAAAAAAAAAAAGAAAAAAAAAGAGAAGUGAACACGGAGAAAAUGAAAUAAUAAUAGUAAUAAUAUUAAUAAUAAUAAUAAUACUAGUAAUAAAGAAAGAAAGAGAGAUUUGUACAAUUCGAGAAUGAGUUAGGGUUCGUCCGAUGGUUUUGCGACGUUAUUCACCGUGAAUCAUUAGGGAAACGCGAAAGGUAAAUUGCGAACCAUAUGCAGCGUGAUAAGAGACAAACACACAAAAGAAUAUAAAAAAUUAAAAAAAAAAACAGAAGUAGAAGAGAGGAAUACGCAACGGUUCGUUUAGAUAUACGGAACUGCCCGUAAUAAAGUACUCGGGUACGGAUUUAAUCAAACGUUGUACGUUUCUAAGCGUAAUCACGGGCGGAUGAGAGGGGCGAGCGCUUAAAUGUCGCGGGAUAACACUUACUCGGACGCUUAGUCGUUAGAAUUGUAAUCUGUUCAGUAUUUAACUGCGCCGCGGAAGAAAAUCGCGACGACGCGACGUUGAAUCGAUCCGAGAUCGAAACGCAAGAUCGAAACGAACGUCGAACGGGCGAGUUGUCUCGCGGACAAAGGGAGAUCUCGUCUCGUCGUCGCGAGCUUCCUCGCGGCCGCGGAAUUUUUCCAAACAAUCGAUAAAAGUCAAUACACACGCGAGAUCGUAGAGAGAAAACUAAAAAAAAAAAAAAAAACUUAUAGAUAAAGCAAACAGUGAGAAGAAGAGGCAACACACAUUACACACACAGAGAGUAAUAAAGGACAUGUAGCGCGAGAUCACGUAGUGCUGCGAUUGUUUAAACGAGAUCAUCGAGUUCAUCUGCGUCAAGUAGCGUUUUAUAAUCGUGAGUCCGUUUUCUUAUGGUAAGCGAUGCGAUUUGAAUAAUUGUACAGCAUUUGUAAUGCUACACGAGCCAUCCGCUCUGGAUUAAGCUUAAGCCCAUCCGGUUCACAAACACACGCAGAUACAAAACCAAGUUUAAUCGCUGCAGUUACAUUUCUUCAAAGACUGAACAUCGUUCCGCGGCAUAUUGUUUUCUAUGUACGUAUAUGCAUAAUGUAUAUUUCACCAGCACGUUACAGCACAUGUCAUUGUUGAUCGUAAUUUCAAGCCAGCAUCUAGAAUCCGCGUGUACACCGGCUCUGAGAGAAUUUUCGAUUAGCAAAACUCCGAUGGAAGCUCGGGGAAGCGAAAUGAACGAGAGGGAUAAAAAUUAUGUGUGGGCAGAAGAGGAAGAUAGCAAAAUGCAAAGAAAAAGAAGAAUAACAAUAAAAAAAAAAAAAAAAAAAAAGAAUAACAAAAAAAAAAAAAAAAAAAAAAAGGAAAAACACAAAGACGGAUGAUAAUAUGGCCUAACUUUUUCACAAUUUCACGACGCGAUAAAACGACGUAGAUAAACGCAUUAGAACGCCAUGAAACGAAACAGGAAAUGAUCGAAGAUAAUAAAAUGAUAAAUGAAAGAAGCAAACAUGGACCGAUGUUCGAUCGACGAACAAAUGACUGCAAUGUUAAUUAACAGUUUCAAACGGAACCUUGAUGCUUGUCUAAAUAUGAUUUACCGACCGGAAGCCAAAAUUGUAACUGCGACACCACACGCCGGUUAAAGCCUCGUCGGCGACACGGACGACGCAGGUUAAUCCCCGGCACUUUUAACAGAGUACUAUUUAAGUAGUGGUACUUAAGUCGUUGCUACAUACCAAUAUAAGCUCUAUUGCUUAUUUUAUACUUAGUAUUAUCGUAACGUUUCGAUUAGAGGUAACAUAAUGGGAAAGUUGUAUCUUAGCAUAAGGUAGACUAAUCUGUAAAGAUAAGUAGUCAAAUAAAUGAAAAGUACAUUUGA